ACAAAAUCUAAAAGCUGACUAAAAAAUUUAAACGACUCUUGAACAAGCUCCUUCUCUGAUGUGAAAGAGAGUUCCUGCUUUUGUUUUUGAAUUCACUUUCAAAAUUCAAAAAAAAUCUUCAACUAUAAUUCGUUUAACAGUUUCAGACAUCGAACCCAGAAGCUCAAGCAUAGUUCUGUUUUAUUUCCAGUAGAGUUCAAGGAUCAUGGUGGAGGAGAGAAUCGGAAACGAAACUAUGGUUGUUGAUCCAACAGUUGAAGAUUUGUUAUUACAGGCGCAAGAGUUUGUCCCUGUGGCGUUAACCAAAGCAAGAACGGUGAAAGUUUUCUCAAGCAGAUGGAGAGUGAUCAUAUCAAGAUUAGAGAAGAUACCGACAUGUUUAUCUGAUUUGUCUAGCCACCCUUGCUUCUCUAAACACACUCUAUGCAAAGAGCAACUUCAAGCGGUCUUAGAAACCUUGAAAGAAGCCAUCGAGCUCGCUAACGUAUGCGUCAAUGAGAAGCAAGAAGGGAAGUUAAAGAUGCAGAGUGAUCUCGAUUCUUUAUCCGCCAAAAUCGAUCUUAGCUUGAAAGAUUGUGGAUUGCUUAUGAAAACUGGUGUUCUUGGAGAAGUCACACAACCUUUAUCAUCUUCAGUUCAAGACUUGGAAACGUUCAGCGUUAGAGAGUUGCUUGCUCGGCUUCAGAUAGGUCACUUGGAGUCUAAACGUAAAGCGCUUGAGCAGCUUGUUGAGGUAAUGAAAGAUGACGAAAAAGCUGUUAUAACAGCUUUAGGUCGGAGCAAUGUCGCGUCUUUGGUGCAGCUUUUGACGGCUACUUCACCUAGCGUAAGGGAAAACGCUGUGACUGUGAUCUGCUCUCUAGCUGAAUCAGGCGGUUGUGAAAACUGGCUUAUCUCUGAGAACGCAUUGCCUCCAUUGGUAAGGCUACUAGAAUCUGGAAGCCCUGUUGCUAAGGAGAAAGCUGUUAUUUCUUUGCAGAGAAUGUCGAUUUCAUCAGAGACUUCUCGUUCAAUCGUUGGUCACGGCGGGGUUAGUCCGUUGAUAGAGAUUUGCAAAACAGGGGACUCUGUUUCUCAGUCUGCUUCUGCUUGUACUUUGAAGAACAUCUCUGCUGUGCCUGAAGUAAGACAGACUCUUGCGGAAGAAGGGAUCGUUAAAGUGAUGAUUAACAUACUCAACUGCGGGAUUCUGUUAGGAUCUAAAGAGUACGCAGCUGAGUGUCUUCAGAAUCUCACUUCAAGCAACGAAACUCUUCGAAGGUCGGUUAUAUCAGAGAACGGUAUUCAAACUCUGCUAGCUUACUUAGACGGUCCUCUUCCUCAAGAAUCAGGAGUUGCAGCAAUUAGGAAUCUUGUUGGCUCUGUUUCUCUCGAGACUUACUUCAAGAUAAUCCCAAGUUUGGUCCAUGUUCUUAAAUCAGGAUCAGUCGGAGCUCAACAAGCGGCUGCAUCAACUAUUUGCAGGAUUGCUACAUCGAAUGAGACGAAGAAAAUGAUCGGUGAAUCAGGUUGUAUCCCGUUGUUGAUAAGAAUGUUGGAGGCGAAAGCGAGCGGAGCUAGAGAGGUUGCUGCUCAAGCUAUAGCGAGUCUGGUUACGGUUCCAAGGAAUUACAGAGAAGUGAAGAGAGAUGAGAAGAGUGUGACGUGUCUUGUGAUGCUGCUUGAGCCGAGUCCGAGUAAUUCGGCAAAGAAGUAUGCGGUUUCGGGUUUGGCGGCUUUGUGUUCGAGCAGGAAGUGUAAGAAGCUGAUGAUCUCACAUGGAGCUGUUGGUUAUUUGAAGAAGUUGUCGGAGUUGGAGGUUCCUGGUUCGAAGAAGCUUCUUGAAAGAAUUGAGAAAGGGAAAUUGAAAAGUUUCUUUAGCAGGAAGUAGAGAGCUGCUAAUAACAAAGUAGAAGAACAUGAAGCAGAUCUUUUAUCAAUGUUGGUAUAUAUAUAUAAUGUAUUCUGUAAUGUUUUCAUAAUCUUUAUGAAACUUAGCCUAUGAUAA